GUUUGGUUUUUGUGAAAAGAAUACGCGAUUUAAGCCAUCGCGGCCAACGCGUAAAAACCCCCGAGGCGAUAGUGCGAUAUUUAGCCAAGUAUUUAAUCAAAAACUUUCGUUUACGCAAAGACCCUGAAAAAGCGAAAAAACACGGACUUUUGCCUGGCUACCGUUACCAAGCCGAAUGCGAAUUAGCCCGUUAUUUUGAGUUAAACAAAGAAAAGAAAUUGCGAGUAAAAAGCAAGGCCCGCCAGCAAGCCCAAGAGCCACCACUUAAAAACUCUUACUCGCCUAUUGAUUUUAUCAAAUU